GUUUCUGGUUCUUCGUUGUAUGGUUUCUUGGUUAUUGCUUCGACGUCACAAACACUUUUCUGGUUAGGGAUCGGAAAAACACGCCCCAGGUUUCCUUUGUGUGACGUAACGCGCCAACUGUCGUCGAAUAGCGCGACAACAUUGUCUGUGCGCACGCGCUCAUUUGAUAAUGCCUCACAGUUGCUUGGUACCCUUAUCUCUAUGCUUGGUACCCUGAUCUUUAUGCUUGGUACAAAGAAGUAAAUGUUUGAAAUUUUUUAACUUCGCCAAUCUCACAGACGCCCAUUCAUCCGAAACGUGAUGGAAAGCUUGCUUGGGAUGAUUUGGCCAUCCAGGAGGUCAUCACCUUCUGCAGACUGGCGAGGCAUGACAAACGCUGGAAGACGUAAUCCUACACAUCAAGAACGCGUAUCUUCUGUCGGAGACUUGGAGAAAUUGGCUGAACUGCAACAUUACAUCGUCACAGGAGAUUUGAGCGCUUUCAAGAAAAGUCUGGGCCGACUAUCGUCCAGUGCUGACGUUUUGUACCCCUCCCGGUGGGUCAUCAGACCGACGUUGGCGCUCUUCAACGCACAAGGUAGGCAUUCUCAGAGACUUCCGGCAAGUGUAUGUCUGAUCCAUGUGGCGGCCAGUCGUGGCCGUCACGACAUGCUAGAAGCGCUGCUCUCGGCCGGUGCUUCGCCAAACGUCCUGGACUCCAACGGGGAGUCAGCCCUCCACCACGCUGCCACCAAUCCAGGCACCUUCCGGGCCUUGCAGUUCCACUCCUACGCUGACCAUUCACGGCUGGUUGCCAGGUGGACAAGCGGUAGCCAUCGGUGUGUUGAGCUACUGUGCUCCGUGCCGGGAAUUGACCUGAACAUCCCCAGCCGUCUAGAUAGGGCUACCCCUUUGCACAGGGCAUGCGAGGCGGGCAGGCACGCGAGCGUCUCCGUUCUGCUGGCUCACGGCGCCGACCCGAACGUCCUGAAUGCCUUCGGCGAAACCCCGGCGGCGAUGGCUUUGAUCGCCGGUCACGAGCACGUCUUCCGUUUGUUCUUGGAAUUGGGCAUAAUUUUCGGGAGCCUGGAUGCUAUACCAUACAUACUCCACACGUCCGUUAACGCUUACACCGAGUCACCAAGUCAGGAUAAAUUCAACAUAAUCCAGGAGAUUCUCCGGCACAAUGGUGACCUGAAUAAGCAAGACCAACUCGGCAACACCCCACUUCAUUAUGCUGCAGCGGGGUCCCUAGUGGACUAUCACCUAAUAUCGACGCUCCUUGCUCGCGGUUCGGACGCAGACGUGAAGAACAAAAUGGGAAGAACUCCCCUCGUGGAAUUCUUUUUCUCGCACCAGAUCCAUACGAACAACACCAACAUCAAAUCGGUGGUUCUCCUCGCUUCCUACAUGACCACCACGCCCGUCAUCCCGGCCGGGCAGUGUGUUGCCGACAACGUGCACAGCGGGAUGUGGUCCCCGCUGUACCGAAAGAUCACGGAAAUCAUCCGAGUAAUGUCCAGGAAGGCACCGUCCCUCCGCCACCUUUGCCGGCAGGCCCUGCGACGCGCUGUCCGGCCGCACCGGCUUGGAGAUCCGGCUGUUGUGCAUGACCUUCCCUUGCCGAAAGCCUUGAGAGACGAAGUUGCGAGUCGUGUGGACCCAGAAAGCUACAGUGGGCACUUGGUGGAUUACCUUUUAGAACAGAGAGAGUUUUCUCAGCUUGAUUUCCUCAACAGUGUCUCCCGAGAUAUCAGGCAGUAUGAUUGAAUUCAUACGAGUUAAUUGUCCC